AUGGCUUCAAAGAUUGAUUUCGUAUUGGUCACUGGUGCCACCGGCUUCAUUGGUGCCCAUGUCAUUGAUACGUUGCUUGCACGAGGCCGCAGAGUACGAGGGGCAACUCGCUCACUCGCCAAAGGGGAAGAAAUGAUUCGCAGCCGUCCACAGUACUCGCAAAAGUUAGAAUUUGUCCAAAUACAGGAUUUUGAGAACCCAGGAGGCUUGACUGAAGCUGUUAAUGGCGUUGAUGCGGUUAUUCAUGUUGCCAGCCCAUUCAAACUCAACACCUCAGACAACGAAAAAGAACUCAUCAUCCCAGCAAUAAACGGCGUCCGAGCCAUGCUAGAAGCAGCCUCAAAUGCGCCGAGUGUCCAACGGGUAGUCAUAACCUCCUCCUUCGCAGCUGUAAUAGACACAAACCGAAAAGGACCACAAGGUUUCACCUAUACAGCAGCAGACUGGAAUCCUCUCACCUACGAAGAAGCAGCAGAUCCCAAAUCAACACCCGUGGUCGCCUAUCGUGGAUCUAAGAAAUAUGCAGAACUAGCAGCAUGGGGGUUUGUUAAGGAGAAGAAACCGCAUUUUGAUAUUGUGACUUUGUGCCCUCCCAUGGUUUUCGGACCUAUUGCUCAUCCGAUUGAUAGUCUGGAUCAUUUGAAUGAGUCCAAUGCUGCUCUUUGGGAUAUUGCGAAGGGUGUCGAUCCGCUACCCGUCGGCCGUGUCCCCUUUUGGAUUGAUGCUAGGGAUUUAGCCAUUGCUCACGUUGAAGCCGCUCUUCGAAAGGAAGCUGGUGGAAAGAGAUAUACACCUGCAGCACCGGAACGGUGGUCCUAUGCUCUUGCGGCGAAGUAUAUGGUGUCUCACUUUCCGGAAUUGUGUGACGAGGUGAAAUUGGAGGAGCAGGUUAUUGACGAUAGUUUCAGUUUGGAUGGUGAGACUGCUGCGAGGGAGUUUGGGUAUAGAUGUCGCAGGUUUGAGGAGACGAUUCGUGAUUUUACGGCGCAAUGUUUGGCGAGGAAGGGGCGUACUUAG